GGGGUGUUCCCCCCUCCCCCCCCCCCUCGGCUGAGGUAACUCUGUGAGGGGGGGUCUGUAGGGGUUUGUUUUCCCCCCUAUUUAGGGUAGUUUUGUAAGGGGUGUGCUGGUCUGUGGGGGUUUUACACCCCCCCUCACCUCAGCUGGGGUAGAUCUGUAAGGGGCCCUUUGGGGGGGGGUUGCUCCACUCAUCUGGGGUAGUUCUUGGAGGUUGGGGGGGUUCCCCCCCCGGCUUAAGUAGCUCCACAAAAGGGGCUUUUUCUGGCCCUUUCCCCUUGUUUCCCCCCCCCCCCCUCAAGCUGGGGUAGCUCUGUGAGGGGGGUCUGGGGGGAUUUGCCCUCUCUUCCUCCCCAUUUAGGGUAAUUCUGCAAGGGGGGGGUCUGUAGGUGUUUGUCCCCCCCCAGCUGAGGUAGUUCUUGCAGGGGGGGGCUUUGGGAUUCUGUGCAUCUCUCCUCCCCAUUUGGGGUAGCUCUGCAAAGGUGUGUGUGGGUGGGGGGGUGUCUGUGGGGCUUACCCCCCCCAUCUGGAGCACCUCUGCAAGGGGGUCUUUAGGGUCUCCCCCACCACCCAGGUGGGGCAUCUCUUCAAAGGGGGGCUGUGGGGGUCUCCCCCUCCACCUAGGGUAGCUCUACAUAAGGGGUUUAGGGCUUUGCCUCUCCCCCCACCAUCCCAGCUGGGGUAACUCAUUGAGGUGGGGUCUCUUGGGUCUUCUGUGUGUGUCCCCCCCCAUGCUGGGGUAGCUCUGCAAGGGGAGAAGCAGGCUAUGGGCUUGCAUAUGGCCAGAUGUUAGGUGCCUGGGGGUUCACAGCAUCAGAGGGCAGGGGCUAGUGGGACUCUGACCCCUUGACCCCCCCCACAUCAGGGCUACCAGGGUGUAGGGUUAGGCUAGGACAACCAGAGCAACCCAAGGAGGGGGACACUGAGCCCCAAAGCCAGCCCGUGGGGUCAGGCAGGAGCCCCCAACUGUGGGCCCACCCCUCCUCAACCUGUGGAUGCUGCGCCCCUGGAGAUGAUGCCCCCCGAGGAGGAGAGCCCAGCCGAUGGUGGGGAAGGGGACAGUGGCCUCGUUCUCCUGCAAGCCUUGAAGAGCAGCAGCACACGGAAGCAGGGCUGCGACCCCUUCGCCCAGACCCAGCGCAGCAAACUGCAGCAUCGCCGGGCGCGGAUUAACCAGCAGAUCAACAAGGAGAUGAGGAUGAGAGCGGGGGCAGAAAACCUCUUCAGGGCCACCAGUAACCACAAGGUCAAAGAGACGGUUGCCCUGGAGCUAAGCUACGUCAACUCCAACCUGCAGUUGCUGAAGGAGGAGCUGGAGGAACUGAACAGCAGCAUGGAGGUCUACCAGAACGACAGCGAGUCCAUCAGCGUCCCCAUGAUCCCUUUGGGCCUGAAGGAGACGAAGGAGCUGGAUUUGCUGGUACCACUGAAGGAUUUCAUCAGUGAACACUAUGGAGAGGAGGGCGUCUUGUUUGAAAAGGAAAUCAAAGAGUUCAUGGAGCUACGGCAGGCGAUGCGCACCCCAAGCCGCAACGAAGCUGGGCUGGAGCUCUUGAUGGAAUAUUACAACCAGCUCUACUUCCUCGACAGCCGUUUCUUCCCUCCCACCAGAAGCCUGGGCAUCUUCUUCCACUGGUACGAUUCCCUGACGGGGGUCCCGUCCCACCAGCGAGCUCUGGCCUUCGAGAAGGGCAGCGUGCUCUUCAACAUCGGAGCCCUGCACACCCAGAUCGGAGCGCGGCAGGACCGGGCCUCCCUGCCGGGGCUCAACCAGGCCAUCGAUGCCUUUCAGAAGGCGGCCGGUGCCUUUAACUACUUGAAGGAAAACUUCUCCAAUGCUCCCAGCCUGGAUAUGAGCGCUGCCUCCUUGAACAUGCUGGUGCGACUGAUGGUCGCCCAGGUCCAGGAGUGCGUCUUUGAGAAGAUGACCUUGCUGCGCACUCAGCACGACUUCCUCUCCCGGCUGCAGCUUGCUCAGGAGGCAGCAAGGGUGGAAGAUGUCUACUCGUUGGUGCACCAGACAAUGACCCAGGCCCACGUGAAGGAUUAUGUUCCCUUCUCUUGGACCACCAUGGUCCAUGUCAAGUCGGAGCAUUUCAAAGCCCUCUCCCACUACUUCACUGCCAUUGCUCUCUGCGACUGCCCCGCAGCGUCCGAUGCUGAACUGCCGGAGCACGAGAAGGCUUUCAUCCAGUUCCAUGUCACCAUGCCAGAGGGACCUUCACUCCGCGUCCUGCUGCAGGACCCUGAGGAGAGGAGGAAGCUGGGCAAAGCUCACCUGAAGAAAGCCAUCAUGAAGCACGAGGAGGCCAUGAGGAUCCACGGCUUGUGCAAGAUCCUGCGGAAGAUGGACAUCCUCCAGGAGGUCCUCUCCUUCGCCCACAAGCGCUCGCUGAGCAAGUAUUCAGAGAUCGACCACGAGGAGGACUUCUUCGAGACAGGAGAUGCCCCCGACAUUCACCCCAAAACGCUCCAGAAACCAGAGAUAAAAUCCCCCAACUUCUCCCAGGUGAAGGUGACCGACCUCUUCCACAAGCUGGGGCCCCUCUCGGUUUUCUCGGCCAAAAACAAGUGGUACCCAGCACGGAGGGUCCACCUGAGGAGAGGAGAGAAUGGAUUUGGCUUCACACUGCGAGGAGACUCCCCCGUCCUCAUUGCUGGUGUCAUCCCAGGGGGCUGUGCUGCCGGAGCUGGCUUGAAGGAAGGAGACUACAUCAUCUCGGUGAACGGCAAGGACUGCAGGUGGUCCAAGCACGCUGAGGUGGUGCAGCUGCUGAAGAGCACUGGGGAAGAGGGAGUGGAGAUCGGUGUCAUAACCCUGCAGGGCUCAGAGGGACCAAAAGCUGUGGACAAGAAGGCAGCAGCCAUGUCCUCGGGUGCUGGGCUGCAGAAGAGCAACAAGGAGAACAGCAGAAAGAGCCUGAUGAACAGCAAGAGCGCCAGCACGCUGCUGGUCUGGAGCAAGAAGAGCAAGAGGAGCAAGAAGAGCACCUACAGCGUCCCCUUCACCGCGGUGGGAGACAACGAGGCCAUGUACUGAGGCAGCCACCGGGCUAGGACGUGUCCUACAACCCCAGGGUUGAUGGCCCAUGAACCUUUCCAAGUCCCCAGUGGCUUGUCCAGGUUGUGCUGGUGUCGGUGCUGCCAGGAACCCCCAGGAACCCCCAGGAACCCCCCCUCCCCGGGGAUGCGCCGCUGGUCGGAUCCUCUCCGAAGAGGCGAGCGAUGCACAGCGCCGGGAUUCCACCACCAUCUCCCAACUCCUGUCUGAAACCAUCCUCAGCUAAACCAUAGGGGGAAACACCGAUUUAUUCUUCGUUUUUAAAGUUUUCUUUUCUUUUUCUGUUUUUUUUCUUCUUUUUCCUCUUAAGGGGUCGCGGGGAGGGGGGAGCUGUGCUUCCGUAUAACAGAGGGGACUGGUUUGUGUCUUCUGCUCGGUGUGAGGAGCCACCAAGCCAAGCCCCAGCCAUUAAAGCAAACGCUGUAACCUUCUUUAGAGUCUCCUAAGCUUUCUCUGCAAGGUAAACCCCCAAAUUGUCCAGCAGCUCCAGCUGGGGGUCACCUCCCGCUCCCCUUUUUCGGGAGAAGGGAUAGCGUGGGUGUCGAUGUCUCGUGGUGACCCCAUCACGGGGUCCAGCAUAGACUUGCCCAGGCAUUUCUGCCACGGUACCAGUUAGGAUGAGUUUGACCUUAUUUUUUAGUGCUUUUUGGGUUGGUUUGUUUGAUUAUUUUUUUUUUAAUGGACUCCCAGCAAAUAGAGCCCAGCUGCAGAGCCUGCUGCUUUGGAAGAAAAGGGAAAGACUUAACGUGCAUUUGUUGUCUCGCUUUUUUUUUUUAAUCAGUAGAGGUGGAUUGCCCUAAAUAUCUGAGUAGAUUAAUAGCUAAGAGCCUUGGUGGGGUUUUUUGUUUUUUUGUUUUUUUUUUUUUUUUUCCUUGGUAUGAGAUUAAAAUUCCAGGAAGAUAGCUCCUCCAGAUUAUUAAACUCCUAAAUUUGUGCUCGUAUUGGAUCUUGCACACGUUGCUAAUACCCUGACACUGUGCUGUCAGCAUUCCUACCAGAGCUGGCCUGAUGGAUCCAUACAUCUUGGUAAUUGUACUGGAAAGGCUGGGGAGACUCCGAAUACGCCCUUAGAUCUAUCGGCGAAAUUUCCUCAGUCCCAUUUCUGCCUCCUGCAUUAUUAUUUUUUAAUUUUUUUUUUCUGAAGGCUUAAAGAGCUGUCUGGUCUUCAGCGCUCGGAUGAUCUGGGUAGGUAUAAAAUACCCUUUCAGAGAUGUGAUUGUAUUUUUGUACUUUUGGAAGUCAUGACAAACACGUGGUGGUAGUUUAUCGCGGUGAAACGUGCGCCGACGGUGGGGUAUCUUCAUGAGAACAUCCCCUCACCCUGGGGGGCUUUUUACCAUGACUUCUUCCUGGUGGUUCUGCUGAGCUUUCAGCCCCGCUUUUCUUGAUGGAGAAACUCAAAGAUGGGUUCUAACUCUGCCUUAUUGACCAAGAAGGCUCUCCGUAGACCGAGAACGUCAUCAGACCGGAUUUGUGGAUCCGGCUGCCACCACCACAGGGCCAUCUGUUUAGAUUUUUCUUUUUUUUCCCCAACGUAAUCUCACCAGCUGCUUGGUGGGGGAGUGGGAAGGAAGGGGGUUUAGGUUCAAAGGAAAGGCCACCUUGCCAUGAAAGCACCCCGGCCGUGUCUUCCCCCCUCUAUUUUUCUAUAUUCCCCCCCACAAAUCAUAUGAAGAGCGGCUGAAGGAGCUGGGGCUGUUUAGUGUGAGGAAGAGGAGGCUGAGGGGAGACCUCAUCACUCUCUACAACUCCGUGAAAGGACACUGUAGAGAGGUUGGGGCUGGUCUCUUCUCACAGGGAAUUAGUGACAGAACGAGAGGGAACGGCUUCAAGCUCCAACAGGGGAGGUUUAGAUUGAACAUUAGGAAGGAAUUUUUCACCCAAAGAGUGGUCGGGCAUUGGAACAGGCUGCCCAGGGAGGGGGUGGAGUCACCAUCCCUGGAUGUGUUUAAGGGAUGUUUAGAUGGGGUACUGAGGGACAUGGUGUAGGGGAGGACUUUGUAGAGUAGGGGAGAUGGUUGGACUCGAUGAUCCCAAGGGUCUCUUCCAACCUCAAUGAUUCUAUGAUUUUAAAGGUGUUGCUGACACAGGCCAUCUCCGAGCUGGAGAUGGAUUUAUUGAGAAGAAGCGCGGAGAAGCAGCAAAGCCCCAUCACCCAGCUCCUCCGUUGGUGCUGGGUUGGUGUUUUGUGCGAGUUUCCCUAACAACAGUGAGUUUAUUUGGGUUUAUUUUAUUUUCUUUUAUUUUUUUUUGUUAAUUUGUACAUGGACUCUCACCUUUUAUGGAUUAAAAAGCACUGAUUCAAAACC